AUGAUGAUGAUGAAAAACAACAGUAAUGGAAAUUCAACAACGUUUACUGUUCACGAUCGUCUUGGUGCAGCUAUUGCUCCAAAUGCAAACGCAUCAUAUCCUAGUACAACGACUUGUUCAAUCAAUUUAUCAACACCAUCUAAUUGCCAAUCAAUAACAACAGUAAAUAAUUCUAAUACAAAUUUAAUGCCAGCUGGAAGUUUAUCAUCAGCUACAGCAGCAUCAUGUAAUAUAACAACAGGAAAUAGUAAUAACAAUUCAACAUCGAAUAGUUCAAAUCAACAUCAAGAUCUAGUCAAUUUAUUUGAAUGUCCUGUUUGUUUCGAUUAUGCUUUACCACCUAUUCUUCAAUGUCAAUCAGGACAUAUUGUUUGCUCACAAUGUCGACAAAAACUUUCGUCGUGUCCAACAUGUCGUGGACCAUUAGGUAACAUUCGAAAUCUGGGUAUGGAAAAAGUAGCUGAUACAAUAGUAUUUCCUUGUAAAUAUCAAACCAAUGGUUGUCUAUCAAAUUUAGUACAUAAAAAUAAAUUAGAACAUGAAGAUUGCUGUGAUUUUCGUCCGUACAUGUGUCCGUGCCCAGGUGCAUCGUGUAAAUGGCAAGGUAGUCUUGAAAAUGUAAUGCAACAUCUAUGGUUAGCACAUAAAUCAAUAACAACAUUACAAGGUGAAGAUAUUGUAUUCUUAGCUACUGAUAUAACUUUACUCGGAGCUGUCGAUUGGGUUAUGAUGCAAUCAUGUUUCGGACAUCAUUUUAUGCUUGUUUUAGAAAAACAAGAACAGCAAUUUUUUGCUAUUGUUCAAUUAAUUGGUAGUCGACAACAAGCAGAAAAAUUUGUUUAUCGUUUAGAAUUAAAUGGUAGCAAACGACGAUUAACAUGGGAAAGUACACCGAAAUCUAUUCAUGAUGGUAUUCAACAAGCUAUACUAUUGAGCGAUUGUCUGGUAUUUGAUGGAGCUACAGCAUUACUAUUUAGUGAAAAUGGUAAUUUAGCUAUUAAUGUUACUGUAUCUAUCGGUUAA